AUGACGUUUAAUUCAGAUGAGGACGGUGAUGCUCAUGACUGCCUCACAAUCGUGAUGGCUGUCGAUAAGGCCGUGGCGUUGCAUCGUUUCGAAUGUGGACUGUCCAAGCCAUCCCCUAAUCGCGACGCCCCCUUUAACGAAGUGAUUUCUGGAUUCGAGACAACACCGGCACUUGAUCGGAAUCGUUGCCUGCGAAUACUUGAAAAAUUCACAGGAAUUCUCCCCGGCCAUCCGGUCGCACUACGCAAUGAAUUUAUGGUCGAGACGGCGUUGCGGGUUUGCCUCUGGCCGACUGGCGAGUAUUCUCCAGCAGAUUACUUGGACAUUUAUAUCGACGCCAUUCACAAGUUGCGUGGGGUGCCGCGGAUUCGUUUUAAUCAAAUGUAUUGGCGAAAAUCGGAUUGCCUCGGAUCACUAGCCGUUGUCGAACAACUCAUUCGAUACAUCGUUAAGAAUACACCAACGGGGGCACAGACGCAAGUCAUCGCAUUUCGCACUCUGCUCUACGAACAGCGACCGGACCAGGUUUCCAUCUUUACG